GGGUGUUGUCCGGUCUUCGACGCUAAAGUUUGUAAUGAUCAAACAUAAUUUCGUUAAUAUUUGACCGUUGCUAUAGCUUUUUGUUUCAAUAAAUCCACAAGAACGAAUAUGAAAUUAUGAUGCGGGUUCCUGUGUUUUAUUUCAUUACUUUGCUUUACUGCUACGUUGAGUAUACCAAAGCAGAUUCUGCAAAAUACUACUACGACUAUGAAUGUAAUGAACCUUUAGUUGAGACUGCUAAACUGACUGCUACAUCAAGCUUGAGAGACAGAGGGCCAGAUAAUGCCAAGUUGUAUGGGUCGGCAGCAUGGACGUCACAGGAGAGUUCCUACUACCAGCACCUAACGAUUAACCUCCAAAAACGUAAAGAGUUGCGCGCCAUCGCCACUAGGGGGCGCUUCGCGACUCACGAGUACGUCACAGAGUAUAUGGUGCAGUACUCCGACGAUGGGGAGGGCUGGCGAACGGUGUCGGGAGCGGACGGCUAUAUGCAGAUGUUCGAAGGAAACCACGAUGGGAACACGAUAGUGAAGAACGAAUUCGAAGUACCGAUUAUUGCUCAGUUCAUCCGUAUAAACCCCAUGAGAUGGCGCGAUAAGAUAUCUAUGAGAGUCGAAAUAUAUGGCUGUGAUUAUGUUGCGGACACGAUGUAUUUCAACGGAUCGUCGCUCAUCAAGAUGGAUCUACUUCGCGAUCCGAUAUCGGCGUCGCGCGAAGUGAUGCGCUUCCGAUUCAAGACGAGCGUCGCGUCGGGCGCUCUCAUGUACUCACGUGGGACGCAGACCGACUACAUAGCGUUGCAGCUGCGUGACAAUCGGCUCGUGCUAAAUAUCGACUUAGGUUCUGGAGUAUCCACAUCUCUGUCAGUAGGCAGUCUACUAGACGACAACAUUUGGCACGACGUGGUGAUAUCUCGUAAUCGUCGCGACUUGAUCUUCUCUGUUGAUAGAGUCGUGGUACGAGGACGGAUCAAGGGAGAGUUCUCAAGAUUGAACUUAAAUAGAGCAUUCUACAUUGGCGGUGUUCCGAAUUCCCAAGAAGGAUUAGUAGUGUCUCAAAACUUCACAGGUUGCAUAGAAAACUUGUACUUAAACGCGACGAAUGUUAUACAAGACUUGAAGCAAGGAUACGAGUCUGGAGAGCCUUUUAAGUUCCAGAAAGUGAACACACUUUACGCGUGUCCUGAACCGCCUGUAGUGCCAGUGACUUUCCUCAAAGAAGGUUCAUACGCCAAGCUGCGCGGUUACUCCGGCUCGAACACUCUGAAUGCCUCAUUUGAGUUCCGAACAUAUGAGCUUCAUGGUCUACUACUGUACCAUAAGUUCAAAACUGAUGGUUAUGUUAAGGUGUUCCUAGAGGAAGGUAAAGUGAAAGUGGAGUUGUUCACAGAAGGUUCGCCUAAGGUGAAACUAGAUAACUACGCCGACACGUUCAACGACGGUCGCUGGCACUCCCUACUGCUGACAAUGGCCACAGAUAGUCUGACUCUAGCGGUCGACUACAGACCGGUGAAGACAACUAAACGAUUGAGGUUUAUGACUGGAAGCUCUUAUUAUAUUGCCGGAGGAAAAGCCCCGCCCCGUGGUUUCGUUGGUUGUAUGCGUAAGAUCGCCGUCGACGGUAACUACCGCCUGCCGACCGACUGGAGUAACGACGAGUAUUGCUGCCCCAAUGAGGUCGUGUUCGACGCCUGCCAUAUGAUAGACCGUUGCAACCCCAAUCCGUGCGAGCACGGUGGCGUGUGUACGCAGACCGCGCGCGAGUUCACGUGCGAGUGCGAGCACACCGGCUACGCGGGCGCCGUGUGUCAUGCGCCGGUCCACCCACUGUCGUGUCAGGCGUACGCAAACGUUGGUGCUCUGUCGCGGUCCUCCGAGGUGCACAUCGAUGUCGACGGUUCCGGACCCCUGCCAGCUUUCCCUGUUACAUGCCAUUUCUAUGCCGACGGUCGUGUAGUGACAGCGGUAAAGCCGGCCGUAGAGCGCGGUAUAGUUGACGGGUAUCAAGAGCCCGGCAGCUUCCGACAAGACAUAACGUACGACGCGUCGCGGGCGCAGCUUGAGGCGCUACUCAACAGAUCCGCGAGUUGCUCGCAGCGGCUUGAUUACCAUUGUCGACACUCUAGACUGCUUAAUUCGCCGAGCGAGGAGGCGACGUUCCGGCCGUUCGCGUGGUGGGUGUCGCGCGCGGGGCAGCGCAUGGCGCACUGGGCGGGCGCGCCGGCGGGCAGCCGCAUGUGCGCGUGUGGCGUGCUCGGCUCCUGCGUCGACCCCACUAAGUGGUGCAACUGCGACGCCGAGCUGAGCCUGCUCAAUGUUGCUGACGAUUUAAAAAUGGACGGCGGAGACAUCACCGAGAAAGAGUAUUUGCCCGUCAAGCAGCUGAGAUUCGGAGACACCGGCAACCAUCUAGAUGAGAAGGAAGGACGUUUCACGCUUGGACCGCUAUUGUGCGAUGGAGAUGACUUGUUCAACAAUGCAAUAACAUUCCGCAUUUCGGAUUCGAUGAUCACGCUGCCGACUUUCGACCUGGGCCACAGUGGCGACAUCUACUUUGAAUUCAGGACUACUAAAGAGAAUGCUGUGCUGUUACAUUCAAAGGGUCCGACAGACUACCUGAAGUUGGCUUUGAUAGGCGGAGACCAGCUGCAGCUGCAACUUCAGGCGGGUGACACUCCGCUGGGAGUAUCCGUCGAGACCAGCUCUCGACUCGCCGACGACAGAUGGCAUUCUGUUUAUAUUGAACGAAAUAGGAAAGAAGCUCGCCUCAUAGUAGACGGUGCGCUGAAAAACGAGAUCCGCACAGCCAAGGAGCCGGCGCGUGCGUUACAACUUACAACAGCGUUGGCGUUGGGCGCGGCCCUUGAUCGUUCUGACGGCUUUGUAGGUUGCAUCCGCGCGCUGCUGCUUAAUGGACGACCGGUGGACCUGCGAGACUUGGCGAGACGAGGUAUAUACGGUGUGGCGGAGGGGUGCGUGGGCAAGUGCGGGUCGUCGCCGUGCCUCAACAACGGCACGUGUCUCGAGGGCUACGACUCAUAUAAUUGCGACUGUCGCUGGACCGCCUUCAAGGGACCGAUAUGCGCUGAUGAAAUCGGUGUGAAUCUCCGACCCAACUCCAUGGUGAAGUACGAUUUCCUUGGUUCCUGGCGGUCGACGAUCAACGAGAAGAUCCGCGUGGGUUUCACCACCACCAACCCCAAGGGUUUCCUGCUCGGUUUCUACUCAAACAUCAGCGGGGAAUAUCUCACCAUGAUGGUUUCCAAUAACGGUCACUUCCGUGUGGUGUUCGACUUCGGUUUCGAGCGUCAGGAGAUAAUAUUCCAGGGGAAACACUUCGGGCUCGGCCAGUACCACGACGUGCGACUGUCGCGCAAGAACAGCGGUGCCACUAUGGUGCUACAGGUGGACAACUACGAGACGCAGGAAUACCACUUCAACAUCCGCGAGUCGGCGGACGCUCAGUUCAACAACAUACAAUACAUGUACGUCGGCCGCAACGAGAGUAUGAACGAGGGCUUCGUCGGCUGCGUCAGUCGGGUCGAGUUCGACGAUAUAUACCCGCUGAAGCUGCUGUUCCAGCAGGACCCGCCGCCUAAUGUGCGCUCCUUGGGAGGUGUCCUACACGAGGACUUCUGCGGCGUGGAGCCUGUGACGCACCCGCCCGAGCCGGUGGAGACGCGCCCGCCGCCGCCCACCGACCUCGCCGACGACCUGCAGCUCCACCGCACCGACGAGGCCAUACUAGCCACUGUACUGGCGUUGAUCUUCCUGCUGCUAAUCAUCGUCGCUGUGGUGUUGGUGCGCGCGCUGUCACGACACAAGGGAGAAUAUCUCACACAGGAGGAGCGCGGCGCAGAGGGCGCGGCGGGUGCGGACCAAGCCGCGCUCGCGGCUGCCACCGGCGCGCGCGUCACUAAGCGCAGGGAGUUCUUCAUAUAACACGACACAUUAAAAACAUACACGCACACUAACGCAGAAUUUACUUUACAGUUUUACAGUGAACACAUUGUUCGAAUGAAAAUAUUUAAGUCCCUUUUAUAUUAUACGAUACGAUAUCGCUUACAGCGCGUAAUAAUGUAGGAGCAAAUUUUACAUUGAUAAGUUCCGAAUUCCGACAUGUAUCGCCGAUAUUAUGUCUUGUAAUAACGUAGGUGUGUCUUACAUUACAUACGCGCAAUAAUAGAUAUCGUCUCGCGUAUUGUAAAAGGAGCUUCAGAAUCUCAUUCUAAUCGAAAUAGCCAGUGUUUAAAUAUUAUGAUAAUCCUGUAUCCUGCUUCUUAUAUUAAACAGAUCAAGGCAGCUACAUUACAACUUAACUAUGAUAUGCCAAAAACAUAGCUCAAUCAGCUUAAGUUGGCCAUAUUAUGUACCUUAGAGGGUUAACUUCUGAAAAAAAUGAAAAAAAAAAAAACAACUGCGCUCAAAAGUAGCCAAAUUCACAAUAACAUAAUACGUGGUAUGUUUUCCAUUUCUGCUAAGCACAAAUUACUUAUUAGGAAAAAAAAUGUUGACUUCAUAUUUUUCAUAAUCGAAAGAAUUUUAUUUUAAAAAGAUUCAUAAAAUUUUUCAUAUUAACUAGCGUAUACAUUUGUAUAGUCCCACCUUAGGAUAUUGAUUGCAACAAUCUAAUUUUUCGAUUUUUUUUUCUUUUUCCGUAACAGAGUUAAGAUGAACUACUUAAAUACAUGUGCUUAUAUUAAUUAUUAUUUUAGAUGAGAUGAAUUCUUAUAUUAUAUCUAGAGAUGCCACGAAUAGUAGCCGAAUAUUCUUGGCAUCUAAAUUUAUAUCUAUAUUAUGUUAGCAACAUUCCAGUAGUUGGAAACAAUAACAUGUCAACAAGUUUUGCUUAUUCUCCAAUUAAUUUUUUAAAAAUCAAAAUGUUUUCAAAAAUAUUUUUUGUUUAAAGUACUUUUCUUAAUAAUAUAUUAAUAUUGUUUUUAUGUAAGAUAAUAGAAUUCUAAGCGCACUUACGCACUUUGGCAACUUCUUUAGUAGAGUACUAUAAUUAGAGUACUAUAAUUAGGAUUUAUUUAACACAAACGAUUUGUAUAUCCUACUAUUUGAUAUUAUAUUUUAUUGUAUGGUUUUGAUGACUUUAUCGACGUACAGUAUUCGGCUCACUAAGAAUGCACAUUCAUGUUUAAAAGACCAGUUAACGGGGCUGCGGUAAAUAAGAAAAAGUCAAAUUACUUUAUAUGACUACUUUAUAUAAUAUGCAUUUGCAGUGUUUCAUGUAAAACAUGACAGAAAAUAUACAACUACGAAUAUAAUAUAAAAUAUCAUUAUUUCUAUGUUGAUGUGCAGACUUUCAGUCGUAUACUGUGCUAUAAUAUUAUAAUGUAAUAUAAUCCGUGACUUUACAAAUUAGGUUUAGUUAGGUUAGUACAGUCAUAGACAGAAUAUUUAUAAGACAAUGGUUUAUUUCGAUUAUUUUAUGUUUUUUCCGUCCAAAAGAACCUUAACAUAGUUGCUUUAAGACAUGUAAUAGUUUGUAUUUUUUUUUAAUAUUUUAUUUUAUUUGAUAAUGAAAUUAUGAUGUACUGAUUUUUUUUAUAUUUUACUCAAAUGAUACAUUUUAUUUGGCCAUAUAUUGUCUACUUAUCUAAAAGCCAGUAUUUUUAUUUGUGCCAAUGUAUUCGAUGAUCGAUCAUACAAUACAGCAGCGGUGUAACGUGCUUAAAAUAGUUUUCACGAGACUGUACUUUAGAUCUCACCUCUACAAACUAAUAUGAUGCCAAAUCGAUAUUUUAAUAUCCCGUCAUAUUGAAGAAACAAAGAGAACAUUAUUGUUGUAGAUUAAUAUUUUUCUAAAGUUGAGGUUCACAUUAAACACACGUCUCCCACAAUCUUGUACAAGAAUCUCAGAAAUAAUAACUUUUUGAUAACUCAAGUUUCUUUGAUGUGUAGAAAACUAGUGGUCUGAUACGUAUAAUACCUGUAACGCAAAAAGGUGAUCAAGUAAUUGUUUGGAUCCAUAACAAUGGUUUACUUAAUUAUUGAGUACUUAUAAUUUCUAUCGAGUAAUAAUUACUUGGUCAAAACAAUAAACAGCUACUAGAUUACAUUAACAUUGACAUACAUAAGGGCGCUUUUCCCGCGCGCGGAUUUGGUCCGCAUGCGGGUAACAACAUGCUCCUGGCCGCAUGAAAUGAUAGGAUGCGAGCAACUUUCACGCGGACCUGAUCCGCGCGCAGGCGAUGACACGCAUGACAGGAAAAGGGCCCUAA